CGUUUGCACGAUUAUUGUUAUUGAAUAUUGAUGCAGUCAGUUGAAUUGUGCGUUGAAUUAUCUUGAAAGUGUAUAUUAAUUAAUUAAUACCUAUUUUUCGAUUCCUGAUAAAAUAACAUAUAUAAGACGUCAUUCAAGUUUUUGCAGAGAAACUUUACAGUCAAAAUGAAAACAUUAAUUGCGACUAAAAUACGUAUUUUGUACUUCGUCUUAAUCGUAUACAGUUUAACGUCGAUCGCCAGAACCGACAAUACGAAUUAUAUAUCUGCUGAUGAUAGUAUGGUGGAUGAAUAUGACGACAAUAUCUCAACACACCCACCACCAACUUUAAAAAGUAGUUCGACAACGAUUCCAAGUACACCAUCUGUUACUGAUCUAAAUCAAUUACCACAAGCCAACAAACCUUCGACAGAGGAUUUUUUGAGUUCAACUAGUCAGCCAAAACCAGAUAAUGGUAACAAUCUAUCAGGUGAGAGGUACAAUAAUUCCAGUGAGCGGAUACUGACGAACAACAAAUCUUUGUCAAAACCUGAGACUACAACUAUGUUUAUACCGAGUACGACAAUGUGGUCAUCAACGAAAAAGUCAAAGCAAUCGUGGGACUCGUGGGAGGUGCCUACACUCAGCCCUAUCACAAAAAUUCUGUUAAACCAUAAACGUCUCCUUGAUAAAACUGAAGAAGAAUCUGAGAAACCACGUACGAGGUAUCACAAAGAAGUAAAGAGCACUACAAUGAAACAAACAACGGCCCAAAGUGAAAACGACAAAUUAAAAGAAGAGAAACGUCAAAAGGAAAUAGAGAGGAUGGAAAACGAAAGAUUUUACACCAUUUUAAAUGUUUUAGACGACAGCCUUUAAGAGUUAGUCCAGCUGCAGGUCCGAGAAUGCAACGCAUUAUAGUUACAGUUAAAUAGGUAGCGAUUAUAAGUUUUGAAUAUUUGUCAUAACUCAAAGUAAAUAAUUAUGUACUAUGGUUGACGUAGGGCUGUUGUGUUCUUUCAAACAAUAAGAUAAAAAUAAUCUAACAAUAUUUAUCAUAAAAAUACACUAUUUUAAAAACA